AUGACUGAUCAAAGUAACUGCAAAAAAUUUCAUAUUGACAACAUCGUCAACUUACUGAAUUAUUCGACAUUUUCGUUGGGACAACCGUUGAAGUUAGUGCAUACUGAUAUGAGAGUAGCAGAUGCAAUUUAUAUUUUGCAAGCACCUGUUGUAUUUGACUUCAAGAAUGUAGCGGUAUGGGUGUUGGAUUGCUCAGAAAUUGCACCAAAGAUUGCUGGACCACCAUUCCAAACGAUUGAUGCAGUGCUCAAUCAAACAGUUCAAAUGGAAUGCAAAGCAAGCGGAACGCCAUCACCGGAUAUAACGUGGUCGCUUGGUGGUAAAACGAUAUUCCCGUCUGAAAAGACUCAGGUCAGCAGUGCGUUUAUAUGGUGUUGUGUUUUCUUGUCAAUUGCACCACAAAUUCUGGAAGGCGAGCGGAUCGUUCAAGUGAAAGAGAAUACAACGUUGACAUUGGAAUGUCAAGCGAGUGGUAACCCAACACCGAAAAUAAUAUGGAAACGUGACGGUGUUGUUGUGAAUUCAGCGCAGGGCGCUCGCUUAGUGAUACAGUCAACAACGGCCAGUGACGCAGGUCGUUUCACAUGUGAAGCAACGAAUGAGGCUGGUAAAGCAGUUGCAGAUUUUGAGGUCGAUGUUUUCAUUAAGCCAAGAUUCAGAGACUUGAAAUCCGACAUUAGAGUUCGGAAUGGUGAGAGAACGCGUUUGGAAUGUAAAGUCGAUGGGCAUCCAUUACCUGCAGUA